CCAAAAACCGGCGAAGUAUUGGAAACUGUAAAAUAUCAUUAAUCAAUAACAAAUUGUAGUUUUUUAAAAUAAAAUCUGUUUUUUUAAUGACCUUUAACUGACGAAAUAUGUCUAAACGCAAUAGUUCUGCAGCUUCGAAUACAUUGUUCAAUUACUUUGCUAAAACACCGCCGAGUUCCAAAAAACCUAAACAGAACAGCGAUGAAGGCAGUAAUAACAAACUAAAUUCUUCAUUCAGUUGUAAAGAUGGUGUUAAAUUUGAAAAUAAAAAACGAGAGAGAAUACCAACUCCAUCCCCAGAACCAAACAAAGAAGAUAGUGAUGAAGAAAUAGCCAUUACCAACAAAAAACGGAAGAGGAUUAGAUUAAAUCCUAUAGAUUCUGAUGAUUCAGAUAUUGAAAAUAAAGCAGAUAACAAAGUUAAAAGCUGCAAAGAAGAAGUGUCUAUGAAGAUAAGAUUACAAGAAAGUUUCAAAUAUGAACCCAGUGAAUCCCCUAAAAACGAUAAAACUACAAGAAUCAUACCAAAUACUUCACAAUCAAAAAUAGAAUCUCAAGAUAGUCCAUUAAUAGCAGAUGAAGAUAACUGGACUCAUUGUAAGCUGGAUUGGUUGAAACCAGAUAAUAUACGAGAUGCUCAGAAGCGUAGGCCAGAUCAUCCAGACUAUGAUCCAAGUACUGUUUACGUACCAAUGGAAUUUAUUAAGAAACAAACGCCUGCUCAUAAACAGUGGUGGGAAAUAAAAUCAAAACAUUUUGAUAGUGUUUUGUUUUUCAAAGUUGGUAAAUUCUAUGAGCUUUAUCAUAUGGAUGCAGCUGUAGGUGUGAAUGAACUUGGCUUUUCCUAUAUGAAGGGUGAAUUCGCACAUUCAGGUUUCCCUGAGAGUGCAUACUCACGCAUGGCUUCUACGUUGGUGUCUAAAGGGUACAAAGUAGUACGUGUCGAACAAACUGAAACUCCUGAUAUGAUGCAGGAGAGAUGUAAAAAUAGCGGUCUAUCAAGUAAAAGCGACAAAGUUGUCAGACGUGAGGUGUGCCAAGUGAGCGUGCGUGGUGCGCGAGCGCUCGGCCUGCAGGACGCCACGCCCGUGCAGUCCGCCUCGGAGUACAUGCUGGCCAUAGCCGAGGAGGAGAACAAUGGUUGCAGCGCGUAUGGAGUCUGCUUUAUAGACACUACAAUAGGGCUGUUCCACAUGGGACAAUUUACAGACGAUAAGCAUUCAUCAAGGUUACUAACUACACUCGCGCAUUAUCCGCCAGCUUUGGUAAUCUACGAUCGAAAAGCAACUACUUUGCGUACAACUAGACUGUUAGCCACGCAUUGUCACGCUGCGAGACGUGAGCCCACUGCUAUAUGGACACCAGAAAAAACAUUAAAAAUACUAGCUGAGAAGUAUUACAGGAGCAACGUCGAUGGUGACUGGCCAGAGGGUAUCAAGCCAUUCUUACAUGAAGGUGAUGCCCUCGGCCUAACACCAGCUGCUCACUGUUACUUGGCCGUCAAAGCAUUAGGUGGCUGCGUAGCUUAUCUUACUGAAUGUCUACUCGACAUACAGAUCCUCGGUAUGUCACAGUUUGAAGAAUACGCUCCUCCCGACGUUCUGAAUAGCACCAUAUUGCCCAACGAUAAGGUCGAAAAUGAAUGGACAGGAGGCAAUACGAUGGUAUUGGAUGCAAUCACAUUGAGAAAUUUGAGAAUAGUUCAAGAUGAAGGCUGCUUGUAUGAUAAAUUAAACUUUUGUUGCACUCCUAUGGGGAAAAGGUUACUUUAUCAAUGGGUUUGUUCUCCGAGCUGCAACCUAACAGUGAUCAAGGAGAGACAGGAGGCAGUUAAGGCUUUGUUUGAAAACCAGGAACUGUGCCAGGAUGCAAAGAAUAUAUUGACCGCUCUGCCUGAUUUGGAACGUCUCUUAGCAAAAAUUCAUGCUUUGGGUAACCUAAAGAAAUCACAGGAUCAUCCAGACUCUCGAGCUAUAUUCUAUGAAGAAAAAAUCUAUUCAAAAAGAAAAGUAUUGGAUUUUAUAUCAGUCUUGAAUGGUUUUACUGCUGUUCUUAAAUUGACAGAAUUAUUCUCUGAUACGGAACCUGUUUUGUUGAAGCAUAUUACACAAUUCAGCCCGCAAGGCAAAUUUCCCGACUAUCGAGACACAUUAAAGUUCUUUAAGGGAGCAUUUAAUCAGCAAGAUGCAGAGAAAGAAGGUCGUAUAUUACCCGGAGCGGGUGUUGAUAAGGAAUAUGACCAUAUACUACAAGUUAUUGAGGAAUUAGAAGACGAACUUAAACAAUAUUUGACGCAACAGGAAAAAUAUUUUAAAUGCAGAGUAACAUAUGUAGGCGUGGACAAGAAACGUUACCAGUUAGAAGUGCCACAGGGGGCCGCAGCUAAAGCCGGACCAGAGUAUCACCUAGAAAGUACAAGAAAGGGGUUCAAAAAAUUUUCCACUGCGGAGACAAAGGAAUUCCUUUCGCGAAUGAUUGCUGCAGAGGAACAGAAAAGAAACAUAUUAAAAGAUCUAAGUCGUCGAAUCUUCGAGAAGUUCUCGUCGAGUUACAAUCAAUGGGAGCAGGCUACCAAAUGCUUAGCGAUGUUGGAUAUUUUGCUAGCAUUCGCAGAGUUUGCGAGACAGCAGCACGGGGAAAUAUGCUUACCAGAAAUUACAUUUGAUCGAAAUCAAGAGCCCUACGUCAAUAUAAAGGAGGGUCGGCACCCGUGCAUCCCCGUCGCUCACGAGUUCAUCCCCAACGACACGUUGCUGCAGACGGCCAGACUGCUGCUGCUGACGGGGCCCAACAUGGGCGGCAAGUCUACGCUCAUGCGGCAGCUGGGUCUGCUGGCAGUGCUGGCGCAUCUGGGUUGUUACGUGCCAGCUCAAGAAUGCAGCAUGAGUCUAAUAGACCGGAUCUUCACCCGCUUGGGCGCCUCCGACGACAUUCUCUCGGGGCAGUCCACUUUCCUGGUGGAGAUGAACGAAACGGCGGCCAUAGUGAAGCACGCGACGAUACACUCCCUCGUACUGCUGGAUGAGUUAGGUCGAGGGACGUCGACGUACGACGGGACGGCCAUCGCGUCGGCGGUGUGCGCCGAGCUGGCGGCGCGCGGCUGCCGCACCGUGUUCUCCACGCACUACCACGCGCUCGUGCAGCACCUCGCGCACCACCCCGCGCUGCAGCUGGGGCACAUGGCGUGCAUGGUGGAAACGGAGGAGUCGCCGGCGGACAGCCCGGACGACAUCCCGGAGGAGACGAUAACGUUCCUGUACAAGCUGACGGCGGGCGCGUGCCCCAAGUCGUACGGGUUCAACGCGGCGCGGCUGGCGGGCGUGCCGCGUGACGUCACGGCGCGAGCGCAGCGCGUGGCGCGCGCCGUGCGGGCCGACGCCGAGCGCGCGCGCGCCGCGCGGGCCGUGCUGCGCGCCGGCGACGCGGGGCUCGUGCGCGCGCUGCUGGCGGCUCUCCAUAUAUGAUGUCGGAGUAAAUUACGUUGCCCGUCCUCGGAUUCGAUGAUCUAAUGCCUUUUCAUUUUUAUGUGCAUGUGCCUUGGCACGUAAACGAGAAUGUUGCCAUAAAUUGGAUACUCUGUAAUAUUGUUUUUGUAACACUCACCUCAGUGAGUUUUGUUAUAUAUUCAUUGUUUAGAUUACAGUCCAAUAACUAAUCACUUUAAAUUACUUAAUAAUGAUUCGCCGAUGUUUUUUUAGGGAUAUAUGUAUUUAGCAUAUAGGACAAAACAAUAAACCCACCUGCUUAGUACUUUGAUGAAACCGAAGCUGUGAUUGUAGUCCUUAAUUCUUUUAAUGUUCAUACUAAGGGCCUGGCAGUAGCUAUCGCUGGAGGAAUGUAUAAUAAACAAUUUUGACAGUCGAUUAUAAUUAAAGCAAUUAAAUCUUUAUGGUUUCUGCUUAUAUCGGUAGUUGAAUUUUAAAGUAUUUCAUUAUUAAUCUAAUGUUAAUAUAAAAACUGUUUUAAAUUUCUUUGAAUGUUUACAAUACAAUAAGAAAAAGUAGGCAGUCAUAAAGCUUCAGAGCAGUCCCUCGAUUUCUGGUUAACUGUGCAGAUAUGGAGCACCUUUGUAACUACUAUAGUAUUGCAUUUAUUGUUUAUGAUGUAUGAGGAAUCCUAUGAAAAAGGUGUUUUAAGGAUAAUGUUAAUUCUGCAAUAAGCAUAAUUAAAAUAAUUCUGAAACAUCCCCUAACCUUCCUCUGCUACGCCUAUGAUUGUACUAAUUUUAAGGGAAUAAAAUUAAUUGUUAUUCUUCACUCAAAUACCUGUGAUGAUUAUGUAA